AUGACGUUCGGAUUGCGCGGAGCUAGUCAGACGUUCCAGAGGUUCGUUGAUGAGAUGACCAGUGGUCUAGAUUUUUGUUACCCAUACCUUGACGAUUUCCUUAUAUUUUCACGCGUUGAAUUAGAGCACGGAAAGCACCUUCGUCAAAUAUUUACGAGGAUGAAGGAUUAUGGCAUGCUCAUCAACACCGCUAAAUGCGUUUUCGGUGCAUCAGAGGUAACAUUUCUAGGCUACCACAUCUCACAACAUGGAACGAAAUCACUGGAAGGUAAAGUUCAGGCUAUAAAGGAGUACCCUGUUCUUAAAACAGCCAAACAGCUUUGGAGGUUCUUGGGCAUGAUAAAUUUUUAUAGGAGGUUUAUCUCCCAAGCUACCAAAAUCCAAGCCCCCUUGAACGCCUUUCUGAAUGGCGCCGUAAAAGCAUCGCAUCCGGUUAAUUUAAAUGGAGACUCGUUGAAAGCCUUCGAAGACUGCAAGGAAAGUUUAUGCAAUGCAGCAUUGUUGUCACAUCCUGACUCAGAGGCAAAACUAGGUCUUGUAACUGACGCUUCUGAUCUUGCAAUAGGUGGAGUCUUGCUACAGCAAAUUGGUUGUGAUUGGCAGCCCCUAGCCUUUUUCUCUCGUAAAAUGAGCCCGUCGCAAAGGAAAUACUCACCGUACGAUAGGGAGCUCCUUGCUGUUUACGAGAGCAUUAAGUACUUUAGACAUUGGCUAGAGGCAACACCAUUCACCAUCUAUACCGACCAUAAGCCGCUGUGCUUUGCAUUUCGCGAGCGAAAGGCAAAUUGCAGUCCACGGCAAUUUAGGCAUCUAGACUACAUAUCACAGUUCUCAACAGACAUACAACACAUCGCCGGGAAAGAUAAUGUCGUUGCUGACACGCUUUCCCGGGUUGAGCAAGUCGAUGAACUGCUAAGCCCUGUAGAUCUAGAUGUCAUUGCCAAAGCUCAAGACUCCGAUCCUGAAUUUGCAGAUUUGCUCAGGCAGGGCACUUCCUUAUAA